CUCCUCUUUAAUAUUCUACCGAAAUAUAUCAACGGAAAAUCAAUCUUACCUUAAAAUACUCCCUUUAAUUUGCCUAAUUAUCAGAUUUCUAAAUAUUUAAAACAAUAAAAAAAUUUAUUCACCGGCGGCCCGUCCGACGCCGGAGAUCGGACCCCGUCCGACGCGGGAGAUCGAACCACGUCCGAUGCGAGAGGUCGGACCCCGUCCGACGUGGGAGAUCGGACCACGUCCGAUGUGAGAGGUCGGACCCCGUCCGAGGCCGGCGGGCGGACCCUGUCCGAGCGUCGAUGUCGGACCGAAGGUCUCCGUCCAUCUCAUCCCGAGGUCUUGCUCCCAUGGCGAAAGAAGAUGGUGGAGGGUGAAUCGCCGCCGGGAAUUGCGGGGAAAAAAGAGGAAGGCGAAAGUGAUUGUCGCCGGAUUUGAGGAAUAGAAAAGAGGAAGGUGAGGUCGCCGGCGGCAGGUUUGGUCCUCCAGAGCGGCGGCAACAAAACGCGGCCAACAAUUCCGGUGAGAUAUUUUAGUUAGGUUUCAAAGUGUUGAAGGGCAAAAUUGACUUUUUCUACAAAAUAUACGGGCGGCAAAUAGCAAAUAUACGGGCGGCAAAUAGCGAUUCAUUUUACUAUCUCCAACCAGCUCGGCGCUCUGUGACGGUCACAGUGUGAGCACAGCUUUUCACUUUUGUCUUCUCAGUCGACACUUCCACCAGAAUGUAAAUCAAAAUACAAUAAUGGCUUUUUUCUGGUUUUAACUUUCAAACCCUAGAAUAGUCUCUUUUCCUUUUUUUCACUCUUUACAAUCUCCAACCAGCUCGGAGCUCUGUGAACAGAGCUAUUCAGUCCAGACUUCCACCCGAAAAUAAAUCAAAAGACAACAAUGGCGCCCUCCGUAAUCGUCAUCGGAGCCGGAAUCUCUGGAAUCGCGGCUGCGAAGACGCUGCACGACGCCGGAGUGAAGGACGUCGUGAUCCUGGAAGCGACAUCCCAUGUGGGAGGACGGAUGCGGAAAGCGGAGAUCGGCGGGCACAUGGUGGAGCUCGGAGCGAACUGGUACCUCAGUGGAGGACCUGUUCCCAAUCCAAUCGCCGAAAUCGCCAGCAAAUUGAACCUCAAAUAUACCCUCACAGACAACGGAAACCUUUCUUCCAACACCUACAAACAACAAGGCGGAUUGUACCCGAAGGAAGCCGUCGAGGCAGCUCAAAAGGCCACCGCUGCGAGGACUGAUUUCUGCGCAAAGUUCAGCCAGGCUCUGGGUUCAGGAGCUAAGGAAGACGACGAUAUCUCAAUUUUGGCGGCGCAUCGGUUGUCUGGAAGUCUACCUGAAACUCCACUAGAAAGAGUUGUGGAGUACAUGAACGAUGAAUUAACAGAUGGAGAGCCCCCGGAACUAACGAGCUUGAAGAACGUUCACCCAAGGACGAUAGGCCCCGACCAUGGCCCGCUAGCUCACUUCGUGGCAGAUCCCAGAGGCUAUGAGGCUAUACCUCAGUAUAUUGGGGAACAGUUCCUUUCCUCCAUCAAUGGCGAUCCCCGCCUCCAGCUGAAUAAGGUGGUUAGAGAAAUCACCUAUACGGAGAAUAUGGUGGUGGUCCAAACCGAGGAUGGGUCGACAUAUCAGGCAAACUAUGUUAUUAUUUCUGUAAGCAUCGGAGUGCUCCAGAGCGAUCUCAUUCAGUUCAAGCCGCAGCUUCCGAUGUGGAAGAGGGUUGCAAUAGCUGAUUUCAGUAUGGCUGUGUACUCAAAGAUAUUCUUCCAAUUCCCUCACAAGUUUUGGCCAACUGGUCCUGGAACUGAGACCUUCCUUUACGCCCAUAGCCAACGUGGUUACUAUCCUGUUUGGCAGCAUCUGGAUAAUGAGAUCCCUGGAUCGAACAUACUAAUGGUGACGGUAACAUACGAUGAGGCCAAACGAAUGGAGCAGCUGUCAGACAAAGAGCUGCAGGCUGAGGCCAUGGACGUGCUGAGAAAGAUGUUUGGUGAUAAAAUCCCAGAGCCUGAGAGCAUGCUGACGCACAGGUGGUUUUCGGACAGGUUCUACAGGGGAAGCCAUUCCAACUGGCCGCGUGGCUAUAGCCAAGAUCGCCACGACAAAUUGGGGGCUGCAGUUGGGCCGGUUUACUUCACAGGGGAGCAUCUCCACAAGAAGUAUUUUGGAUGGGUUAGUGGUGCUUACUUAGCAGGGAUCGACACUGCCAAGUCUUUGUUGAAGAGCUUGGAGAAGUAAGCAAUGCCGUGUAGAAGAAGGUAGGCAACAGUGGAAUAAAUGCGGUUGUUUUGUACCGACUGUUCAAAGUUGAAAUUGUGGUCCAAUGUCUGUCAAUUUGAAAUUUUAGGGGUACUUUUGCGAACAAGAUCAAAGUUUGUGCCAUAUAACGAUAUUUCGCCAAAAAAAGGUAAUAAUCACUUUUUGUGAGAAAUAUGUCAUUCCCCC